CUCAAAGGGAAGAUUUGUGAAGGCAACCUCUGCACUUUAUCAUCUCUGAUGGCUCUUUAACUAAAUAUUUUUAUUUUAUUUUUAUUUUUUUUCAAAUAAUAAACCUCCUUCAGCUACAGAGGAAGAUAUUUCCAUUUGUUCAACACUUGUUUCUGUCGGUCUUGUGUGCGUAUAUAUCUUCUUUUUUUGAUAUAUUUGGAUUUUAUUGUGCAAUUGGACUAUGUUUGGGAGCAAGUCAGACAUGCUGGGGUUCGACGUCUGUGAAUUUGGUGGGCAGCUGUUGGAACUUAUGUGGCUGACAGUUUGUUACAGAGACAUCAUGGCUGACAAAGAUGGAAUUAAACCCAUUGAAGAUGAUGCAGAAGAUGAGGUUGACCUGAAUUACAAGGCCCCUGAGAAGAAGUCUUUACAGGAGAUCCAGGAACUGGACAAAGAUGACGAAAGCCUUACCAAAUACAAGCAGACUCUGCUGGGUAACUUGCCGGCCACCGUGGAUCCCACUGCCCCCAAUGUACAGGUAACUCAGAUGGCUUUAAUAUGCGAUGAAGCUCCAGGACCCAUCACUAUGGACUUAAGAGGUAACGUAGAGGCACUAAAGGAGCAGACCUUCGUACUGAAGGAGGGUGUUAGCUACAAGGUUAAAAUUACUUUUAAGGUAAACCGUGAUAUAGUUUCCGGAUUGAAAUACGUGCAGCACACCUUGCGGAAAGGAAUUAGAGUUGAUAAGGAAACGCACAUGGUCGGCAGUUACGGGCCCAGGGCCGAUUCAUACGAAUUCCUGACGCCUCUAGAAGAGGCUCCCAAAGGAAUGCUUGUCCGGGGGACAUACCACAUAAAGUCCUACUUCACAGACGAUGACAAAACCAAUCACUUGGCCUGGGAUUGGAACAUCAAUAUAAAGAAGGAAUGGAAGGAAUAGACGGAACCUCUGCUACGCCAUCUUAAUUAGGAGCAAACAAUACCACCUAAUAAAAAUAAAUAUUGUUCAAGAUGUAUCAUGGUUUCUACAUCUGUUUUCUAAUAGUUACUUGUAGUUUGUAAAAUAAAAAAAUAAAAAAAAUCUGCAAACAUGUAAAGACAGUAUUUAAUAAAAAUAAAUUUAACAAUUUUUUGGGACAAUGUUAAGAGUACGUUUGCCGAUAACGCUAGGUGACAAUACGCAGUUUUUUUUUUUGUUUUUUUCUUGUUAUAGUAAUUGUGUGUUACAAUAAUGUGGUUUGCUUUUUAACACCUCGGGGUCUUUACAAUACAAUACAUGCCUUACAUACUAUGAAAGCUCACAAAAAAUGAGGUUGAUUUAGUUGUUAACGAUCACCAACCCCCUGUAAAAAAAUAAAUAAAAAUAAAUGUUUUUUCUUUUCAAA